AUGUCAACAAGCCCAGCAGGCAAUGUCUCCUCAUCCUCUCUGCUCCUAGAGGAAGCCACUGUGCGCAGCACUGUAAAGGUCAUCACUGGGGUGAUCUUCAGCUUCAUCUUCCUGGCUGGGGUGACCGGGAAUGGGAUAGUGUUGUGGGUCACCGGCUGGAAGCUCCGCUGGACCUCCAACACCAUUUGGUUCUUCAACCUCGCCUUGGCCGACUUGGCUUCCACCUCCCUGAUCUUCGUCACAUUGUUGAACUUGGCCCUGGACCUGCACUGGCCCUUUGGCUCAGUGGCCUGCAAGGUGGCCAACUGCCUUUUUGGGCUGAGCGUGUGCAGCGGUGUCCUGCUACUCAGCUGCAUCAGUGUGGACCGCUGUGUGCUGGUGGUGGCCCCCGUCUGGUGCCAGAACUACCGGACCCCACGUCUCACAUGGGGGACUUGCUGUCUCCUCUGGAUGAUCUCCCUCACCUUCUUCGUCCCCAGCUCUUACUUCUUCACUGAGAUCUCAGUGGAGAAGAAUAACCGGAGCUCCUGCAAUAACCUGGACAUCUUCCAGGACUGGCAGGAAGCAGAGGUCCUCACCAUCUGCAUCUUUCUCUACCAGUUCCUCCUGCCAUUGCUGGUCAUCUCCAUCUCCUACACCAUCCUGGUGGUGACCAUGCACAAGAAGAAGCUCAACAAGUCCAGCAAGCCCUUCUUGGUGGUUACCAGGGUGGUCUUCUGCUUCUUCCUCUGCUGGCUGCCCUACCAUGCCCUGGCUCUGGCAAGGAUCUCUAUGGAUGCUGUUCCAGAUGCUGUGCACCUGGUGGCUAUCCCUCUUUCCAAGUGCCUGGCCUUGUUCAACAGCUGCAUCAACCCCUUGCUCUAUGUCUUUGUGGGGCAGGAGUUUAAGGAUGCAGUGAGGAGGUCCUUGCUGCAGGUCUUCAAGACAGCUUUUGAAGAGGCACCAGUGGCCACCAGUGUUUGAGAUAAGCAACUGGCAGUGUUGCAGAAACCAGAGAAGACACUCUUCUUUUUAAAGUCAUUGUAUCUCAUCACAGUGCUCCAUUGACUGUGCAGCUGGAGAGGAGAGGAUCCAUAAACACAGACCUGUGUAUACUGUGCAUUUAGAUACAACAUUCUGCAGCAAGGUCCCAUGCAGUGACAUUCUGCAGCCUAUAUUCAAUUCUGCAAAACUGACAUAUGUCUUUUUCACUGUUAAAAAGAGAGGAGAAUUAUCCUAUUCCUACUCAUUAUAAGGAGGGAUAAGGAAUUAGGUACUGAAAGCUCACCUCUGACAAUUAGAAAUCCUGCUCAGGCUUCCCUUUCUUGAAUCCUGAGAUUUCCCCAGAUAUUGCCCAUCAAUCUUCAAGCCUUUUUUUUUGCAAUCACAAGGGCUAGAAACUGGACAUUUUAAAAAUAAGGCUGAGACUCACAAGGUGUCAGGGCUGGAGUCAGGCAAAGGUCAGCAAGAAAGACACAAGGCUCCGUUGCCAGUAAAGUCAACUCUUUAUUCAAGGAAACGGCAGACAACUCAGCAACCCUUCCCAGCAGGUCUUGCCUCUAUGGGGCAGUUGCCAGGGCUGAAGGGCCCUGUCUCCCACCCUUUCUAAGGCUCCUCCUCUCCCGGAUGUUUCCCAAACAGUCUCAAACUGUGUCUGCACACCUCUGGUCUCUGCCCUCCUCUUUAUUCUGUGUGUUCUUGGAGACCAGUGGGGAAGAGAGCUUGUCACAGGAGGAGAAUCAGACUUUCUGGAUUCUUCAGCAGCCUCUUGACCCCCCUCC